GUAUCCAAGGACCCAUAUGCCAAUCAACCUUCAGCAUGUCUAUUCGGAAUCGGUUGUAAAGCGAAUUCUGCACAUGGGGAGACUUCAGAAGCAGCUUUGUCAGUUUGUUCUGGAGCACUUUGAAAAAACAUAUUCAAAAGACCUGGGCGACUCCUGGAACAAAGCCAGGGAGGUAUUGACACACCCUGGAUCCUGGCAAUAUGCUGUGUUACUGAAUAAUUUUACAUCUCCCUUGGAGGUGGAGAAGAACCUACAAAAUAAGGGAUAUCACUUACUGUUUCAUGAAACCAUAUCAGACUGUCCAAGUACAUUAAAGUGUUAUAUUAAAAGAAAACCUGGAAAGUUUCCCUCUCAGCGGCAUCAGGAUGACAAGCUGAAAGACUAUUAUAUGCUGAAUGCCUCCUCUCUUUUACCUGUGCUAGCCCUGCAAGUAAAAGAUGGCGAGAGUGUGUUAGAUAUGUGUGCUGCUCCAGGUGGUAAAUCCAUAGCGCUUCUACAGUGUGCCUCACCAGGUCAUCUUCAUUGCAAUGAGCCGGAUAUUCACCGAUCAAGAUGGCUGAAACAAACACUGGCAUCCUUUGUACCAACCACACAGAUCCACAGCAUUUCCACCUCUGAGCUUGAUGGAAGGUUAAUAGGAAAGUUCUAUUCCAAAUCCUAUGACAAGGUUUUAGUAGAUGCUCCUUGUUCCAAUGAUAGAAGUUGGCUUUUUACAUCAGAUUCGAAGCAGAGCACUGCACGAAUAUCCCAGCGGAAGAUGCUUCCUUUGUUGCAAAUAGAAUUACUCAGGUAUUACGGUCUGCAGUUGAAGCGCUGCGCUCUGGAGGAUCAUUGGUGUAUUCUACAUGCACUCUUUCAAAGGCAGAAAAUAGUGACGUGAUUUCCAACAUCUUGAAUUCUUACAAUGAUAUUAUACCAGUGGACUUACGUUACAUGACCAGAUUAUUAUCAAAUGAAUUCUUAUUUGCACCAGAUGUGCCACAUGGAAUUUUGGUAAUUCCAGAUAAAAGAAAGUCAUGGGGUCCUAUGUUUGUAGCGAAAUUAAUGAAAAUAUAGUUAAUAUAUUUGUUUUUACGGUUUAUCAUUUCUAUUAAAAACAAAACAUAA